UAUUCGGCUGGGCAGGAGGUUACUGACAGCCCUUUACUCAUACAAUAUCGAUUUAUAUUUAUAGCGUUUGAAAACUUGUACUGUUUUGUUCGUUGACAGCAUGUAAGUUUAUAAAUCGUUCCCAAAUAAAUGUUUUUUUUUUCGGAUUGUGGAACCUUGCUUUAAAUUAAAUGAAAGGGCUGUUAAUUUAUCUAGAACUCUCUUAAAGAAAUUAUAUUAUGGCGCUUAUUUUGCAAGUGAUUUCCUCGGGAAUCUACAUAGUGGGUUCUCUUAGCAUCGUCGCUUUUCUCUACGACAACUUAAAGUCCUUGUUCAGCAUCAUCAAGGCUGUCCUAGAACCGUACUUCCGACCGAAUUUGCCAAAGACUUUGGUUGAAAAAUUCGGACAAUGGGCAGUGGUUACGGGUGCCACCGAUGGCAUUGGAAAGGAAUAUGCCAGGGAGUUGGCUCGUCAGGGUCUUAACCUGGUGCUCAUUUCGCGGACGAAGGAAAAGCUGAUUGCAGUCACCAACGAGAUUGAAAGCCAAUAUAAUGUGAAAAUCAAGUGGAUUGUUGUGGAUUUUGCAAAGGGACGCGAGGUGUACGAUCAAAUCGAAGAGGAACUGAAUGGAAUCGACGUUGGAAUUUUGGUCAACAAUGUGGGCAUGAUACACGACCCGGAAACCCUUGACAAGGUAUCGGAGGACACGUUGUGGGACCUUCUCACCGUUAACAUGGGAUCUGUUACCAUGCUCACCCGCAAGAUCCUGCCCCAGAUGAUUGGUCGUCGAAAAGGAGCAAUUGUUAAUCUGGGAUCCUCCUCCGAACUCCAGCCCCUGCCAAAUUUGACUGCAUAUGCGGCUAGCAAGAAGUUUAUAACACACUUUUCUAAAGGUCUGGAAUAUGAGGUGGCAGAUCACAAUAUCCAUGUACAGCUAGUGAUGCCCAACUUUGUGGCCACCAAUAUGAAUGCCUAUUCCGAUAAAGUGAGGCAAGGAGGACUGCUUUUCCCCAACGCUUAUUCCUAUGCCCGAUCCGCUGUCUUUACACUGGGAAAAACAAGCGAGACCAACGGUUUCUGGGUUCACGGAAUACAGUACGCCCUCAGGAAGUUGGCUCCCAUGCAAAUUCGUACUUACUUCGGACACCAACUCUUUAAGCGACUGAGAAUCGAAGCCCUCGAGCAUAGGCAAAAGAAACAAAACCUUUAUUAACUACUUAGCAGUCAUGUAAAUAUUUGGCAAAAAAAAUAUUUAAAAAUUUAAGACAAUUUUUAACAGUGGAAAUAAUAUUUUAAGUUUUUGAGAAACUGUUAUCUUGAUAAUAAAACAUAGUACACUUUUUGACGGGUUCAUGUAUUGGCAUUGGUUUGUGACCUUGCUAAGUACUGUGCCAAAAUUUUCAAGUUAAAA